AUGUCUUUGAAUUGUGGUGAGAGGGUGGUCGACAAGGAAUAUUUAGCCCUUCUUGAGAAUAAACUUCGAGCUCUGAAAGAUCCUAAGAAAGCAACCGCGAAACAGUUCCUAAGCGAUAUCGCCACUUAUAGGGACGAACAGCUUUUCAAGUUAAUCACAGCGGACACUACCGCUAAGACGGGUUUUGACGACGAUUUUGCUGACGUUCUUAUUUCACCGAGCUACUUGAGAAGAGUUAUCGCUCCACAAACCUGCGCUAUCAAUAAGCAGGAACUUGUUCAUCUGGUGAAGAGCGAUCACGUUCAGAAGUUGUACGAAUCUUUGAACGCAUCUAACGAUAUUGGGAAGGAAGAAAUUGAAGUCGCCAACCGGACAGCUGUAGAACAGACAAAGGAGAAACAGGAAUAA